CAGUCGAUUGAUCGAGCGACCGGUCGGGCAACGCGUCCGAGUAAUUGUUUCCGUUCGUGGUUUUUUUGUGAAACUAAAAUGUUUAGUUAACUUGUGCUUUGUGGAUUGUGAAUGGGAUGAAAGAGUAAAACAACCCCGAAUCUGAUAUGAAAUGGGCAUUCGUGCACUGUUGUGCGCAAUCCUGAUCGUUCUCAUCAGACCUUCAGGAAGCGACUGGCUAAGUUGCGGCCACAUCAGAGAAUGUCACUGCAAAUGGUCCUCCGGCAAGAAAACUGCAUCAUGCAUAACAUCAGGUCUGACCCAGAUACCUCGAUUAGCAACAGAUAUACAAGUUUUAGAUUUACACGGGAACCCUUUAAACGAACUCCAGGAAGAUGCUUUUGCAAGCAUAGAACUACUAAACUUACAACGACUGAACCUCAGCUCUACAAAUCUACGCUACUUGCAUCAAAACGCCUUCAACGAACUUCGCAUUUUGAUAGAAUUAGAUCUUUCAAGGAACUUCCUCACAGAACUUUCACCUAACACUUUCAAAGGAAACGAACGUUUGAGGCUUUUAGUCCUUAACGACAACCCUUUAAGUAAAUUAGUCGCACAGCAAUUCCCACCCUUACAACAUUUAAAGAAACUAGAACUUUCGAGAUGCCGACUCCGCAAAGUUCACCCUUUUGCCUUUGUGAAUUUGCGGGCGCUAGAAACUGUCCAAGUACAUCAAAAUUUACUUUCAUAUUUACACCAGGAUACAUUCAACCUACCUGUGUUAAAAACUUUAACGCUCUCCGACAACCCAUGGUACUGCGAUUGUAGGUUAAGAAAAUUUCACGAAUGGUUUCUAAAUAGCAAUCUUGGAAACGAAGAAGUUUUUUGCGCUGGUCCAGAGAAUAAAGCACAUUUAUCAUGGUUGGAUAUAAAAGACGAAGAUAUGGUAUGCCCCCCCUCAGUCAUAACAAGUCCAUCCGUGAUCAGAACUGAAACGGGAGCCGACAUUGCCUUUGGGUGCUUUGUCCGAGGUGAUCCUACACCAAGUGUCACGUGGUCUUUCCGUCACAUGGUAAUUACAAAUAAGACUAAUAGUGAUAGUGAAAUUUUUGUUUUUAAUUAUUCUAUAGAACACUUUAAUGAGGAUCUUAAUGACUUUAUAAAUAAAAGCGCACAGUGGUUUAACGUGACAGUAAGUAAUGUUACGAGUGAUUUAGCAGGAGAAUGGCGCUGUAACGCUAAAAGUUCAGCGGGGGAAUCUAGUGCUUAUCUUACCUUAUUCUUACCUAAGGCAAGAACUGCUACUGCGAGAAGUGCGCCAGAUUACUCCAAAUUUUUUAUAGCUAUCGGAGCUGUAUUCGCUAUGGCGAGUACAGGAUUCAUAGCGGCCUGCGUUUGUUGGAAAAUAAGGCGUCGACAUGUUCCUCCAAGCAGGAGUUUUACAGAUCAAGAGAAAAAAUUACUGGAUACCUCGUUGGCUGUCAGCUGCGAUAGAACAAGUGUUGAAAUGGGAUCGUCGUAUGGCUUCGAAAUGUUUGACAGAUCAAUGUCAAUGGAAAGUGAAGAUACUCAGAGAUGUAUGGAACCGGUUCAAAUAACAAUCGAAGGACCAUCUGGCUCAUUUCCUCCACCACCAGCUGAAUUUUCAAUACCAGCACCUUAUGGUAAUAUUUUUAUAUCAGUGCAGGUAACAGGACAUAAUGAAGAAUACCCGGAUCUGUUAGGUGGCGGCGCAACUUUACCGAGACGAAGUAGGACUUGUUUUUUGAAAUCAGCGUAUGAUAAUAUGGGACCUAGAGUGACGGCUGCUGGUAGCUCAACUUGGUCAUUGCCUGGAGCGAAGGCUGACUCAAAAUCGAAUAAGGAAACCACAGCAAUAGCACCACUGUCUACUUUUUCAACUGAAUUUACUGCUCUGUAAGCUUUAAACUUUUUUAUAAUAUCCGUAGUAUAGAUACGUGGAUGAUUUUUCCAUCAUGAUUGUUAUUUAAAAAUAUUGUAUUUAUAGACAAUUUCAAUAGAAU